GCUGGGAGGGAUGCAUUAGCAGCUCUCUGCAGAUAGGUGUACUGUAUCCUCAUCUACAUUUCCUGGUGUGCUGCAGCCUCUUUAAAAACAAUGUCCUUGCAGAGGAAAUCAAAGAAGAUCCACUCCUCAGGGGGUCCGGUCUACUCCUCCUCGGGAUACAAGAAGGCGGACGAUGAGAUGUCAGGAGCCACGUCCAGUGCCGACCAGGCGGAGGCUGCAGCCAGAAUCAUCCUCAUCAACCAGCCACAGACCUGCAAGUUCAGGGACAACCGGGUCAGCACAGCCAAGUACAGCGUGGUGACGUUCCUACCUCGUUUCCUCUACGAGCAGAUCAGAAAAGCUGCCAAUGCUUUCUUCCUCUUCAUUGCCUUAUUACAGCAAAUUCCAGAUGUGUCUCCAACAGGAAGAUACACUACUUUGGUGCCCUUAAUCUUCAUUCUUACUGUGGCUGGUAUCAAGGAAAUUAUAGAAGACUAUAAAAGACAUAAGGCAGACAAUACUGUUAAUAAAAAGAAGACAAUAGUGCUGAAAGGUGGGACAUGGCAGAAUGUAAUAUGGAAGGAGGUGGCAGUGGGAGACAUUGUGAAAGUGACCAAUGGCCAGCAUAUGCCAGCUGAUAUGAUCAUUUUAUCUUCCAGUGAGCCACAAGCAAUGUGUUACAUUGAAACAUCCAAUCUCGAUGGCGAAACUAAUUUAAAAAUACGUCAGGGUUUACCAGCCACAGCGGCUCUACAGUCCCUCGAUGACCUGGUGAAGAUCACGGGAAGGAUUGAGUGCGAGGGGCCAAAUCGCCAUCUGUAUGACUUUACUGGAAACCUACGACUUGAAAGCAGCAGCCCAGUUGCUGUUGGACCUGAACAGAUCUUGUUAAGAGGGGCCCAGAUCAGGAACACUCAGUGGGUUGUGGGGAUUGUUGUGUACACAGGACAUGACAGCAAGCUCAUGCAGAAUUCAACCAAAGCACCUUUGAAAAGAUCCAAUGUAGAGAAAGUGACCAACAUACAGAUCUUGGUUUUGUUCUGCAUCCUCCUGGUCAUGGCGCUGGUCAGCUCUGUCGGGGCCUUGUUAUGGAACAGGAAGUAUGGAGAAACCAACUGGUAUCUGGGCAGCAGUGAGGCUAUAUCUAACAAUUUUGGAUACAAUCUCCUGACAUUCAUUAUCCUGUACAAUAACCUCAUUCCUAUUAGCCUUCUGGUUACCCUGGAGGUGGUGAAGUUCACUCAAGCUCUUUUCAUCAACUGGGACAGAGAUAUGUACUAUGCAGAGACAGACACUCCCGCAAUGGCCAGAACGUCCAAUCUGAAUGAAGAGCUGGGACAGGUGAAGUAUUUAUUUUCGGACAAAACUGGAACCUUAACCUGCAAUGUCAUGAACUUCAAGAAAUGCAGCAUUGGCGGUAUUACAUACGGACACUUUCCAGAAUUUGAGAGAGAACGCUCCUCUGAAGAUUUCAGCCAGUUACCUACUACAAGUGAAUCAUGUGACUUUGAUGACCCUAAACUGUUUCAGAACAUUGAAGGUGAAAGUCCCACAGCCCUGGUGAUCAAGGAAUUUUUAACUCUGCUUGCUGUAUGUCACACGGUUGUUCCUGAAAAAGAUGGAGACACAAUCAUCUACCAGGCCUCAUCCCCAGAUGAAGGAGCUCUAGUGAAAGGAGCAAAGAAACUGGGAUAUGCAUUUACUGGAAGGACGCCAGAUUCCGUCAUUAUAGAUGCGAUGGGCACGGAACAGAGCUUUGAACUUCUCAACGUGCUGGAAUUCUCAAGCAACAGAAAAAGAAUGUCUGUGAUUGUCCGGACUUCAUCAGGGAAUCUCAGGCUCUAUUGCAAAGGAGCAGAUAAUGUUAUAUUCGAAAGGCUGUCAAGAGAAUCCCAGUAUAUGGAACAGACUUUAAACCAUCUGGAACAAUUUGCGUCUGAAGGUUUGAGGACAUUGUGCAUCGCAUACACUGACCUGGAUGAAUCUGAAUACAAGGAAUGGCUGAAAAUUCAAAAUGAGACCAGUGUUAUUUUGAAAGACAGGGCUCAGAAACUUGAGGAAUGUUAUGAACUUAUUGAAAAGAAUUUGAUGCUCCUUGGUGCCACAGCAAUAGAGGACCAGCUACAAGGAGGAGUCCCAGAAACCAUAGCCACUUUGAUGAAAGCUGAAAUUAAAAUAUGGGUUUUAACAGGAGACAAACAGGAAACUGCUGUAAAUAUAGGAUACUCAUGUCGGCUGGUGUCACAGACAAUGUCACUCAUCGUUGUUAAUGAGGACUCACUGGAUGCAACACGAGAAACCUUAACAAACCACUGCAAUAACCUGGGAGAUUUACUUGGAAAGGAAAAUGACCUGGCUCUCAUCAUUGAUGGACAGACCCUAAAGUACGCUCUUUCAUUUGAAGUCCGUCAGUGCUUCCUGGACUUGGCACUUUCCUGUAAGGCUGUCAUCUGCUGCAGAGUAUCUCCACUGCAGAAAUCUGAAAUUGUAGACAUGGUAAAGAAACAUGUCAAUGCCAUCACCCUGGCCAUUGGAGACGGUGCCAACGAUGUUGGAAUGAUCCAGACCGCACACGUUGGAGUGGGGAUCAGCGGGAACGAGGGCAUGCAGGCAACCAACAACUCCGAUUACGCUAUAGCUCAGUUUUGUUACUUGGAGAAACUUCUUUUAGUCCAUGGAGCCUGGAGCUACAAUCGUGUGACCAAAUGCAUCCUCUACUGUUUCUACAAGAAUGUGGUCCUGUACAUCAUCGAGCUUUGGUUCGCAUUUGUUAAUGGAUUUUCUGGACAAAUCUUGUUUGAACGAUGGUGCAUUGGCUUGUACAAUGUGAUUUUCACUGCCUUACCGCCUUUCACACUGGGAAUCUGUGAGCGAUCCUGCAGCCAAGACAGCAUGCUAAGGUUUCCACAGCUCUACAAAAUCACUCAGAAUGCAGAUGGAUUUAACACAAGAGUAUUUUGGGGUCAUUGUAUCAAUGCCUUGGUCCACUCGCUAAUCCUCUUCUGGUUCCCACUGAAAAUGAUGGAACAAGAUGCUGUGUUCCCCAAUGGACAGGUCACCGAUUAUUUAUUUGUUGGAAAUAUUGUUUACACUUACGUUGUGGUGACAGUCUGUUUAAAAGCUGGCCUGGAAACUACAGCAUGGACAAAAUUUAGUCAUCUGGCAGUCUGGGGAAGCAUGCUGAUGUGGCUGGUGUUCUUUUCUGCAUACUCUUCCAUUUGGCCUACCAUCCCCAUUGCACCGGAUAUGCUCGGACAGGCAGGAACGGUAUUAAAGUCUGGAUACUUCUGGCUUGGAUUACUGCUGGUUCCUUCUGCUUGCCUGAUACGGGAUGUAGCAUGGAGAGCGGCCAAGCACACCUAUGACAAAACUCUACUAGAGCAAGUCCAGGAAAUAGAGACCCGCUCCAAGGAGAUGAGCAAGGCUGCCAUGCGUGAUUCUAAUGGAAAAAGCUUGAAUGAACGUGACCACUUGUUGAAGAGACUUGGCAGGAAGACCCCUCCGAGCCUGUUUCGUGCUAAUUCUGUCCAGCAAGGUGUAUCAUAUGGUUUUGCAUUUUCUCAAGAAGAAAACGGUGUUGUUUCUCAGUCUCAAAUUGUCCGGUCAUAUGACACAACAAAACAGAGGAGCGGGAUAGAAUAAAAAAGGCAACUGGUGGCAGCAGAUAAUAAGCUUUUGGACAAUAUGUCUACUGUUAACAGUUAUUUGACUAAGUUUGGCCACAGCAGCCAAAUACUGGGAAACCUAUUUCUGUGGCCUUCGCCAACAAAUUCUUAACUUUUCAUUUUAUUUUCCACCAGCAGGACCUGCAUGAGAUUACAAUAAAACUAUGCAUUACAGGUCUGUCUGGGAGCUAAGAUGUUAAUAGAUACAUAUAGCAGGGGCACAGUGUGCCUGCAAAUAUAAAAAAAGGCAUUGUUUUCCUUCCUUCUGCUGUAUUCUGCUACUGACUGUUGGCGCAUUACAGUUGUACUCUGGUGUUCAUAUUCUGCAAUAAGGACUUUUCUUGCCUGUAAAGAGGUUACAGUCCAUUGAGGGAGUAUGGUAAAUUGGGUUUUUUACCUUCGCAUGAACUUCAAGGGUCAGUCCACCCAGACUAGAUUGAAAUUCUUACAAACCCUUCCUAAGAUCUCUCUAUAACACUGGUGGCCUUACUCCUGCCUAUUGGCAGCAAUUGCAGCACAGGCUGAAUUCAUUAAUCCUAUAGUCCAGCAGGAGGUGAACGACCACAAUGCCCAACAUAAACCUGGGAUGGGCUAAAGCCAGGUUUGGAGGAUAGAUAUUCUUGGAGGGGCCUUCAAAGCAUAUAAUAAAUUGGUACGAUAUUGUGUUUUUGGUUUGGGAGUGCUAAUCACCUAACAAGCUCUUUACUCUGUUGCUUUUUUUCUGUCCUAGUUGUAAACAUUACAAGCUUAAUUUUUUAUACAGUGAUAGAGGUGUUUUGUUGCCUGAGGAUGCACCUUAAGGGCCAUAUUCACCUUGUUUUUAAAUCCCCUUUCCUGGCUCCUUCAGUACACCUGUGACACCCACCCACAGGUCCAUACUUACAUCCUCCAAAGGCUAGAGCUUCUCAUGCUGUCUACAACCUGGCUGGUAAAUAUCAAGUGCUGUAUUUCCCACACCUGCACAGUAGGAACAGUUGCAGACAACACAGGAUGCCCCAGUGUCAGUGGAAGUAAGCAUAGAUCUGUACAGGGGAGUGGAACAGAGGGGUUGGAGUUUUUUUAAAGGUAAGUCCUUUACAGCUGCUCCUUUGACACACUAGAAUCUAAGGAACACUUAAGCCCAAUUUUACAACAGAGCUACAGAAACAGCUCACAUUUAUACAUUUAGACAAUACAGAAGGAAACCACAAUGCAAAUGUAAUAGGUUGUGGGUAAUAAAACAUGCACCAUUACAUUUGAAGUAAAGUCCGUACAUAAGCACCUACAUGGGGCCAUAUAGGACAAAUGACCCAAAACCAAUCUAAGUCAAUCCUUCAGGCCCUGUACACACGAGCGGAUAUCCGAUGAAAACGGUCCGCCGGACCGUUUCCAGCGGACAUUUCUG